AUGUUGUCCAGUAAUUGGUCAGUGGAGGAGGAAAUCCAAUUGUUCAACUUGAUAUGCGAUUUCAAACCUGUAGGGAAACCGAAACAUGAAAAUGUUAAAGUAAUAGUGAAUAAACUCAACGAACUCGCCAAUCCCCAAGAUCAAGUCUUUACCGCUGAAGACGUCUGGGAAAAACUUUCCCAAUUUUACGACUUGCCCAAAAUUGAUGUGAUUGAGGAAAACGCAAGUGAAACAAGUUCAGAGCUCGAUACAAUGCCUAUUCAAGAUGCUUCAGAUAUGAAAUCGAAUGAUAAAGGCGAAAAGACAACUUCUGCAAGUGAUGGAGAAGAAAACACUUUGCACAAAACAGUUGAAGCGCUGGUGAGUGCUAAAGGAAAAGAUACGAGUGCUCGUAAAGAUUCUUUGCCUGGCGAAAAUGAUGAUAGUGAGGGAGAAGAGGAGAUGGCGAAAAGAAAAACUCGAGAUACAAGGGGAACCAGAGAGUCAACUCCCAGACGCCGACUAAGACGCGGUGAAAAAGAGAUUGAUGAGAACAAGUUACGCUUAAGAAACACUGAAAGGCAACGUGAAACAAGUUCCAGUCGACAGCCUGAUAAUAAUGUAUAUUCAAAGCGGUCAAAGGAGGAAAAAAUAGCGAAUACAAAACGAGAACUGCUGGAACAAGAAGAAGGCGAGAGUCGUGGAGUAGAUGACAAAGAUGACCAAGAGGUGAAAGAAGAAACGGACGAUACCGUAGAAAGUGAAGAAGAUGAAGAAGACGAAGAGAUGCAAGAAAAUGCAGAAGAUGCAGAAGAUACUGUAGCAAGUGAAAAAGAUGAAAAGGACGAGAAGGACGAAAAAGAUGAUGAGGUUGGCAAGGACGAGCAAGAACAAGAACAAGAACAAGAAGAACAUACAGAUGAUGAUGAGUUAAAACGAAAGAGUAAAUCACAAAACAAAGAGGAGGCAGAACAGGAUCUCGUACCUGCCAGAAGGACCAGGCUUAAGCGUCGAAAUACAGAUGUUACGGAUCUAUCUUCAUUAAAUCCUAGAAAAAGAACUAGAUCUAGUGUCAAGCGCGAGGAAGAACCUGAGAAAUCCGAGCAAUCUGAGAAUUCUGAAGGACCUGAAAAACCUGAAAAACCUGAAAAACAUGAAAAGCUUGAAAAACCUGAACAAAUUGAAUCUACGCGUGUAAAUGAACAAUCAAAACAAGAUGGUGUAGAUGCGCAUUUAAUCUCGUCAAUUCCUCGACGAAGAACGAGGUUUGGACAACCACAAGACUUAGACCAAUCAAAAGGUGAAAAGGCCAAAUCAGAUUUAAAUUCUAAUAGAGACAACAAAAGUGCCAAGGUUGCUACUGAAAAAGAAAAAGAAAAAGAAAAGGUAAAGGGAAAAGUUGACGAUUCAAAUGAAGCUGCAGGGGAGCUGACUUUAAAGGAACAACCAAAGGAAAAUCGCCAACCAUUGAGAAGAAGUUCAAGGAAAAGAUGA